GACAGUUUGUUCGGGUCCACCAUUCAGUACGCGCGUGAAAAAUCCUCCGAUUCGGUCUUUGGUCCAUUCGUUGUGCGGGCGAUUCCGUGAGUGAAAAAUUUUCCCGACUAGGAGAAAAAGUGCAAAGAAGUAGCAGCCAGAAAUCAUAAAAAAGAUUUUCCUUGGAAGAAUUCUGCCAUUUUAUGAGCGGCUCGUGUGAUUUCCGUUGGCUUUUGGUUUGGCGUGACGAAGAAUACUAGGUGUCUGUUUUUUCAGAUCGAGAGCAAAUGGUGAUUCAGACCAGUGAGUGAUUCGAAAGAGGGUUUAAGGUGUAAUUGUGUUGUUUGAUUUGAAGAGCCUUAGCUAAGUAGUACAAGAACAUGCCAGUGAAUGGAAGCAAUCGACCACCUUGGCUGAAAGAUAGAGUUGAAACAGUCAAUAAGAACGUUCCGCCGUCGUGGGCACGGAAAAAUUCUACCUCGACACCACCGACGCUUGCCGAAUUGAAGGCGAAAAACGCACAAGAAGCCAGUAGUGAUUCCAAAACGGCAACCGUUGCAAAGAAACCAGUCACUGCCGCCGUUCCUCCGGCGGCCACAGCAGCAGCAGCUAAAGAAAAUGGAGAACCUACCAAAGUGGCCAAGCUCCAGUCCAAAGAGAUAAAGGUUCCGGUGGUGGUGGCACAGAAAAAACCCGCUCCACCACCCCUCACAAAACCGGAACCAGCCAUCAAAAACACCACUCCACAAAUGACGGUCCUCCGGGAAUCCAAGCCCAAACCCAAAGAACCGUCUCCGGAGUCCGAAUAUGAAGAGGAAGAGGAAGAGGAGGAAGAGGAGGAGGAGGAAGAGGAAGAAGGAAGCACCGAAUACGAAACGGAAACCGAAUCCGAGGAAGAAUCACCUCCACCACCACCAGUGAAAAAACCGGAACCCAAACGGGAAAUCUCCCCUCAAAAACCGAAAACCCCAAUCCAGCUGAAAAAACUGUCCCAAAGUCCGGACAAAACCACCGACACCGACAAAUCUUCCAAGUCGGAAAAAUCCUCUUCGCCGGAACCGAAAACCUUCAUCAAACCACCACUCAAAAAAGUGAAUCGACCUCCUCCAGCUGAGUCACAAACUAAAGAACGAUCUGCUUCGCCGGAACCGGCCAAACACUUCCGGGUGCAGCUGCGGAAGGUGCCGUCGAAUUUGAAGGCCCCCCGGCUCAAGGAGAAGCUUCCCGAAGUGCAACUGAAGAAGGUCGAAAAGCCCCUGCUCGAGGACAAACCCAAGAAGGAGGAAGCCUACCCGCACAAGCCGUCGAUGCUCAAAUCGGAGAGCAGUAAAAGAAUUCCACCACCACCACCACCACCAAUGCCUCCAAACUCAGGCAUCCCUCCGCCACCUCCCCCACCACCCAAACUUGGACCACCACCGGAAUUCAAAAAGGGUGAAAUGUCGGAAAAGCAGAAAGAUUUCGUCGACAAGCUCAAAAAACGACCGCGUAAACGGCCCGAUUGGUCCGACAUGAUGAAAGAGGUGGAACAGGGCAGAAAACUGCGCCACGUUGAGUGCAAUGAUAGAUCCCAACCGAUCCUGAAGUCCAAGACGAUCACCAAGUUCAAGGAUCAGUUCAUCUUCGAAACUGAGAAAGAUGCCGCCCACAAUGUUCUGCUGAAGGAGAUUCAGUCCGGCGUUUCGCUGAAGCCGGUCAAAUGUAACGAUAGGAGUAAACCGAACCUGGAUGGGUUGCGAAAGUUCCGGCGUCAGAUGACCCUAGAGGAACAGCUGGCGCGGUCGGAAUCGAGGGCUAACCUCAAGGCUCCCCCACCGGACGAGGAAGAGGUCGACGAAAUGGACGACAUCGAUAAGAUCCGGGACGAUUUGCAGAGUACAAAACAGCUGCUGGCAUCGGAGCUGCGCAACAACGAAGCGCUGGAGCGGGAGAACAAACGGCUGGCCCAACGGGUGCAGAACCUGGAGGCGGAACUGUCCCGGGAACGUUGGAAUCCGAUGGGAGGCGAAGAGAAGAGCUCGAUCGCUGGACCGGAAGCAGAAUUGAUUACUUCUCUGAAGAAGGAAGCUGUGGAGGCGCAGAAUCAGUCCAAGAUCUUGGAGGACAAAUACCAAGCGGUGGCCAAGGAGCUCGAUACGGCGUACAAACAGACCGAGGAACAGAAACGUAAGAUUGCCGAGCUUGAACGGAAGCUAUUGUGCUUAACCGAUGACGACUUCUACCUGAGAGAGGGAAUGGCUGACGGCGGUGGUGUUCAGAAUGCCGUCCGGCGACCCAGUGAACCAGCCCAGAAGGAAAGUUCACCGGAACUGGCCCCAGACGAGGAGGAAGAGGAAGAAGAGGAGGAAGACGAGGAAAAGAAGGCCGAAAAAGCGGCCAAACGGUUAAACCGGGAGGUCAACAUGCUGCAGGCCCGGCUAAUCCGGCUCAAGGAGAAGGAAGAGGAGAAGCACGCCGAACGGCAGGCCCUGAAGUACGCCAUGAAAACCAACCAGUAUGCACUGAAGAAUGAACACAAAAAGUACAAACAACUGCAAAAGGAGGUGGAAAAGAUGGCUGCCCUCAUGAAGAUGGAGGACGAGGAUGAGGAAUCGGACGAACAGAAAGAACCUCCACCGGAAGAACCCGAAGAAGAGGAACCUGAAGAGGAAUCCGAAGAGGAAAGCGAAUCGGAAUCAGAAUCUGAGAGCGACAACGAAAGCGUCAAUGAAGCGGAGGACGCACCAGAUGAGAAGAAAAAACUCAACCUGGAACCGAGAGUCAAGCGACACGAGAACCGGCUAGCGUCGCUCAAGAAGGGCAACUACUUCCUGCAGGCCAACGUCGAUAGGAUUAAGGAUGAGAUUAACAAAACGCGAGAAAUGUGCUGCACACUGCAGUCGGAUCUGGAUUCCGUUAUAGCGGAUUUGGGAUAGGAUUUCUCUAGGAGUGUGCCAUCGAUAUAAUAUAAAAAAAUGUGUUAAAAAAAAUUGGAAAUCAUUCGAAGCUUUUGCUGAAAUGAUUAUAAUCGCUAUAUUUCACUGUUGAAAGAUAAAUAAUGAAAAAUGUUUAUAUCGUACAGCUACAGCUACAGCUUAUCAAAAAUUAUGUUCGGUCUUACGAAAGACUGUAUAGCUUAUUGAUAACUAGGCAAAUUUAAAAUAUUGUCUCGAAAGUUGGAAGCACACUUUCUAUACUGUUGGAUUGCAGCAAGAACACGAGAUUUUUAAAUCUAGAGUCAGAAAAUAAAGGAAACCGAAAGCUAGCAAAUUGCAGCCCCUCAAUGAGUAUUGUUUUUGAUCACUGUAUUUUUGUAUAAUAAAAUCAAUGAAUGCAACCUA